UUUGUUUCCAUUGUUUAAAUUGUCUGUUGGUUUUGUCCUUUUAAUUUUUGCUUCGGUUUUUUAAUUUCUUUUGAUUAAAGUUCGUUAAUUUCUAGUUAACCAUCAUGUCUAUGAAUUCUCUUGAAUCGAGUUUUGUCCGAAGACCUGAUAUUUCUUCGGAUUUCAAGCUUCGGUUUAUGGAUUUUAAUGCUGCUUCCGAUGAAAAUAUUAUGCCCGAUCUUGUGGGCUCUUCGAGUCAAGCGAGUUCUCAUAUGAGUCAAACUGUUAAUCCUCAGAUUGUUAUUUGGGGAACUGAUGUUUCCAUCUCGGUUUGUAAGGAUAAAUUUAAGAAAUUCCUAAUGUGGGAUGAAUUGGACCAGGAAUCUCUUGAACCCGAAGAAUUAGAUUUGAUCGCUGAUGCUGGUAAGGGUGAUGAGCUUUCGGCUAAAUCUUUGUAUCUGAUUAAAUUGGAAGAUAUUUAUGCUCUUGGUGAAUAUCCAUUCCUUGAUGUUAAUUGUGCUCACAUUCACCAGUUUGAUACUGAAUUAUAUCGUCAAUUGGUCAGUUAUCCACAGGAAGUUAUUCCAGCUUUUGAUAUGGCUGUUAAUGAAUUGUUCUUUGAGUUGUAUCCUUCUGCUCAACUAACUGAUCCAAUCAACGUUAGGCCUUAUAAUGUUAUCAAAAAGGAUAGUCUAAGAUCAUUGAAUCCAGAGGACAUCAAUCAACUUAAAACCAUUAAUGGUAUGGUUACUAGAGUUUCUAAUUUGAUUCCGGAAAUGAGAACUGCUUUUUUCGCUUGUUCUAUUUGCCAAUCUACCAGCUCUGUUGAGGUUGAUCGUGGCCGAAUCCCAGAGCCAACUCUUUGUACACAUUGUAAUACUAAAUACUCUUAUCAAUUGGUUCACAAUAUGUGUGAAUUUAUGGAUAAACAACAGAUUAAGGUUCAAGAAUCUCCCGAUGAAAUGCCUGCAGGGCAAACUCCAUACACCGUUCUGGUUUAUGCUUGUGCUGAUCUUGUUGACGCUGUUCAACCUGGUGAUCGGGUGACAGUCACUGGAAUUUACAGAGCAACAGCUAUCCGAUCAAAUCCCCGUCAGCGAAGUCAAAAGUCAACCUUUAGAACUCACGUUGAUGCUGUUCAUUUCCGGAAAUAUGAAAAAAAUCGUCUACAUUCCCAUGAUGCUAAAUUUAAAUUUACUCCUGAACGAGUGGAUAAGAUAAAACAAUUGUCAACUUUGCCCGAUAUCUACGAAAGGUUAGCUCAUGCUCUUGCACCGAGUAUCUAUGAACACAUGGACAUUAAGAAGGGUAUUCUUUUACAAUUAUUCGGUGGUACUCACAAAGGUGAAAGUAUUAACGUUAAUAGCAAGCAAAAACAUUUUCGAUCUGAGAUCAAUAUUCUUCUCUGUGGUGAUCCUGGUACAAGUAAAUCGCAACUUCUUCAAUAUGUCUAUGCCCUUGUUCCUCGAGGACAAUACACCAGUGGUAAAGGAUCUUCGGCCGUUGGUUUAACAGCCUAUGUUACUAAAGACACGGACACGAAUCAAUUGGUUCUACAAACUGGUGCUCUUGUUUUAUCCGAUGGUGGAAUAUGUUGUAUCGAUGAAUUUGAUAAAAUGAGUGAUUCUACUCGAUCAGUUUUACAUGAAGUUAUGGAGCAACAAACUCUUUCAAUCGCUAAAGCGGGUAUUGUUUGCCAGUUAAACGCUCGAACCUCAAUUCUUGCUGCUGCUAAUCCAGUUGAAUCCCAAUGGAAUAAAAAUAAGACGAUUAUUGAAAACAUUCAAUUACCUCAUACUCUUAUGUCCAGAUUUGAUCUAAUCUUCCUUUUACUUGACCCUCAAGAUGAAAGUUACGAUCGUCGACUUGCUCGUCACUUGGUUUCUCUUUACUAUCGAUCUCCAGAGGAAGAGGAACAAGAACAUCUUGAUAUUGGAAUUAUUCGAGAUUACAUAAGUUAUGCUCGAAAUCAUUGUUUCCCCAAAUUGUCCAGUGAAGCAAAAAGCGCUUUGGUUCAUUCUUAUGUGGAGAUGCGAAAAGCAGGAAUCGGCAAAGGAAUGGUCAGUGCUUAUCCUCGUCAGUUGGAAGCUUUGAUUCGUUUAGCUGAAGCUCACGCUAAGGUGCGAUUAUCUAAUGUGGUUACUUUAGAUGACGUUGAAGAAGCGAAGAGACUUCACCGAGAGGCUAUUAAACAAUCAGCCACUGAUCCGAUUUCCGGUAAAAUUGAUGUUUCCAUCUUGACCACUGGUAUGAGUGCUUCCAUCCGUAAGAAACGUGCGGUCAUCGCAAAGACUUUGAAAGAAUUGCUAAUGAGCAAAAGUGUCUCCUUGUCGAGUCAAGAUCAUCAUCAAUUUGGUUCAAACUCAAUUUACCAAGAAUUAAAAUCAAAUUCAGAUGUUUUAAUUACUCGAGAAAUGUUUGAAGAUGCACUCAAAGACCUUCAAGAUGAAGGAUUCCUCGUUGUGUUUGCUGGUAAAUUCAUCAGAUUAACAGGAGCUGAAGUGUAAUCCAAGUUGCUUCUUAACAAUCAAAAAAAUCAUUUGAUCAUUUUAUGAUCAAUCCCAUGGCCAAAACAUUCAUUUUCAACUGUUCUUAAUUCACUUAAUCAACUUUUUAUUAAUUGGAAAUAAAUCAACUUUGCACGA